AUGCUGCCGAACACGAGAGGACCAAAGCAGUAUACGAGGAAACUCCUUUCAUCAGUGGUAACCGCGCAGAUCCUGUAUGCGGCACCAGUUUGGGCCGAAGCUGCAUCGGUCAAAAGCUACAUGCGGGGAGUGGAGGCGACCUACAGACUGUGCGUCACGAGGAUCGCGUGCUCGUUCCGGACUAUCUCGGAAGACGCGGCAUUGGUCAUCGCAGGGCAUGUCCCACUGGCGGAGCUUAUCCGGGAGAGGAAGGAGAAGGAGAUCUUCGUAGUCAUGCAGGACAGGAGGGCACUGCCGUCUAGAGCCGAUCUAAAGGCUGCCGCCACAAGGAGGAGCAUGGAGAACUGA